CAGCUGUAUUCGCAACAAAAAAAAAUACUAACAAAAAACAAGACAUAACUUAUGUUAAAAAAACAAUUCAGACACAGGCGAGAAACCAUGAAAAAUACAACAGAAAUCGUUUGUCAAAUUAUGGGCGUGGCAAUUAGGAACAAUAUGUACUUCCAUGUACCAAUGGCAUUUUCUUAACUGCAAUGUCCAAGCACUCAAGCAGUACUUCUGUUUCCGAGGUGUUGUACAUAAUGCUAGCAGUAAGUGAUCUUCUGUCAGGUAUUAUAUACAUUCCUACAUGGUGUUGUCAUUGGAUACUGGCACUUUCAUCAAUUCCAACGUGCAUACCUAUAAUUCUCACAAGUAUACUUGGAUACACUCUCGCAAUAUUUUCUGUUUUCACCAUUUUGUUUAUCACUAUAAACAUUUAUUUGUCGGUUAUUCAUCCCUUUUUAUAUGAAGUAUGGGUAACAAAAAAGCGGGUUUUUACUCUCAACUUGUUUGUUUGGAUUAUAUUCUUGGUCAUGGUCGUAGGUUCAACAUCAACAUCGUUGUCUAUGUGGAUUAGGUGCAAAAACAUGACAACCUAUCUGUUAGUGAUCAUAAUAAUUGUCAUGGUAACCAUGCAUAUCCGAUUAAAUAAUGAAAUUAACAGAAUUUGCUCACGAGUCGCUCAAACUUCAACUGCUCAACAAACUCAAGACAUUAGCAUGAAAAAGAAAGCGACGAAAAUGGGUGUUAAAAUCAUGCUUGCAUUUUUAAUGUGUUUCGUUCCAAUCUCAUCCAUCUUGUUGUACAACAAGAUGAAUCCGACAGUGAUUGUUUCAAACUACUUGCAGCAUGUGGGAAUAGUAUUACUAUUCUUAAAUGCGUUGUUGGACCCUUUCAUAUAUUAUUUCAGACUAGGAAGAAUUCGUUCAAAAGUCCAAGUACUUUUUAAUAACUCGCAGACAAAGGAAACGCACGGAGGACAAACUUUUAACCACUAAGAUUCAUUUCUUUAUUAAAACUUUUCGCAUAAAUGUUUGUCAAUUAUACCCCUAUAUAUGAGACAUGUAUUUAUAAUUAAUUAGAUAAAGAAAAAUUUAAGUAAAUAUUGCACGAUAAUUCGUUGAAUAAAAAAAAUUAUCCAUUCUCGAUAAAGCAAGAAUUUCGCGAAAUGCAGCCAGUUUGUUGUUAUUAUACCCGAUUGACCCCUGUUUUUUACCUUUUAAAUUGUACCCAGCUUCAUGUUUAUUUCUGUCAUUUAAAUCAUCUAAGCUUUUAAAUCUCUUUUCCUUUAAAAAACAGAUCUAAUUGAUCGAAAGUAUUUGAAAAUGAUUUGCGAGAACAUAAAAGGGCGUUUCCAUUUUUAAAAUCUCGGACAUUUAUUUCCAAAGUCAUAGAACAAGGAUUGGUGUAUAAUAAAACAUAUACUACCGGAGAUUCUUGUUGAAUAUCGGAUUGAUUGCUACUUAUUAAAUGGUUUAAGAGAGUCACUUUAACACGCAAUAAUUAUCAAUAACAGUGCAAAUGUGAGAUGCAUCGGUGUAAGUGAAACUGCAUAUUGUCUUCUCAAGUGCUGCAAAGAUGAUGGAUCGAGUGCAACUUGAAUUUUCGAACCCACGGCUUGAACCCACGACCUCACGUUGUUGCUAUAACAUAGGCUGAUGAUGGACUUAGUUCCGAAACCGCGCGCCGUUGAGCAAAUGUCUCUUUCUGUGGUGUAAAGAGCUUAACAAGUGCAGCAAAUUUGAUUUAUCAGUUGGUACGUGAGCUCCGGUUGUGCAUCACUCGGUAAUAUCUCGUUGGUGUGUGUUGGUAAAAAGGUAUGUCGCAGGGAGGUAGUAUCCUCGCCUUGUCUACUACAUGUGAUAGGGAGAGUUCAUCCAGCAUCUUUGCAGGACUUGGGAAGAUAAUGUGUAGGCAAUGUCCAUAUUCAUAAUGUGAUUUUUUUUCUUUAAGACUCUUUUUCACGUCAAUAACACAUUAGCACUUCAAAAAGAUCUUUUUUGUUGUUCAAAAAAUAAUUAGCCCUUCAAAGCUUGAGUUAGAAUUGUUAGGCAAAAAAAGAAGAUUGUACCGUUGAGCAGCCCAAUUGAUGCCCUUUCUGAAACAUGGAAGUACUUUUCAUAACAACCUAGUCUUUAGGAAUUAUGGUGUUCCAACUAUUAGGCUGUUUUCUUCAGGCUAUUGAUCCACAUGAUUCGUUGGGUAAAAACUAUUGAAAAUCACUCCUCAUAAGCC